CGACGUAGGACUGGCCCGCACGACGACCGGCGCCCGUAUUUUCGGUGCGAUGAAGGGCGCGGCCGACGGGGGUAUAGAUAUCCCGCACUCGACGAAACGCUUCCCCGGAUACGACUCGGAGUCGAGGGAGUUCUCGGCUGCUGUGCACAGGCAGCACAUCUUCGGCCAACACGUGGCCGACUAUAUGAAGAACCUGAUGGAGGAGGACGAGGAGGCCUACAAACGCCAGUUCUCCCGAUUCUCCAAAUUAGGCAUAACUCCCGAUGAGGUGAGCGCUCGUAUAACACUUAUGGGAACAUUGGAGAGCAUCUACACCAAGGCUCACGCGGCCAUCCGCGCGGAU